AUGGGCGCUUUUGAGCAAAUGCACAACUUCCUGGAGGAGCUGCAUCGCUUUUGGCUGACUGAACUGGAGGAUCUGGAGAAGGUGAUGAAGAAGAAAAAGGAAAUAAAUGUCGUCAAGCUUUCAGAGGAUAUCGCCAGUCUCAGUGUGAGACGCACAGAAACGGAGAAGAAGUACCACCUGCCCGCUAUUGAGUUCCUGAAGGGCAUCGGGACAACAGUGACCACGUUUCAGGAGCUGAAAAGAAGGUGGACACUGCUGGGAAUCUCUCCAGGCAUGGAAGAGAGACUCAUAAUUUACACUCAGAAAAAUUCAUUUCUGAAGGAUACCUUGGAGAAAUGCAAAGGGCUACCGAUGCAGGCACUGAACAAAGUGAGUGUCACUCUGGAGCCAGGAGCAGAACACCCUUUUCUUGUUAUAACCUGAAGAGUUUGAGAAGAAGAAGAAGAAGAAGAGGAAGGCAGGACGCGCUGGACAACCCUGGGAGAUUCGACAGCAUGCUCUACGUGCUGGGCCAUGCAAAAUUCACCUCAGGAUGAUAUUGGUGGGAGGCGGUGGUAGAAGAGGAGGAGAAGGAGGAAAGGGAAUGGGCCACCUGGGCCGUAGGGGUUGCAAAAGAGUCUGUCAGGCGCAAAGGCUUUAUCAGCAUGCUUCCUUCUGAGGGGAUCUGGGCCAUUGGGAAGGCAAAGGAUGAGUCAGCCUCAUCUGAUCCCUUCUGGGCUUCAACCCACCCUGAGUGGAUCCCUUUGAGAUUGAGUUAUGAGCCCAGGAAGAUCUGGGUGUCCCUAGACUAUGAUGAGGGUCGUGUGGAAUUCUAUGAUGCCCACACUAACGGUUUGAUCUUCAAUUUCCGACAAGCCUCAUUCUCUGGGGAGAAGGUUCAGCCCUUUUCCCAUGCUUGGUGGGGAGUUGGUCUAAAGUGUUGAUUCCUGGGGACGAUCCUCACCGCUCCCAGCUCUUCCACCCCACACCAGAUUGAGAGGAGGCGGCAUCCUAGCAUUUUCUCCGCAGUGUUAUGAGUUUGUGGGUGGCAGAAAUUCUAAAUUUCUGGAUCCAGUAAAUGUUAGAAUUUAAUCUGCGUGUGGUGUGUUAGAACUGGAUGCCAGACAGUAGGUUUAGCAAGCAUUAAAAUACAAGCCAGGCCAGCUUCCCCAUGUCGGGAAAGUGCCUGGGAGACGAGCCAUGGCUCCCACACCAUUAUUUUGUACAACUUUAUUUUGUACCACUUUAUUUUGUGCAACUGAAAAACUUUAAAAUCUUAAUAAUAGAAGAACUAUGUGGUGGAAGGAAGAAAAGAAGGAAGGAAUGAACCAUUAAGAAAAGUCAAGGAGAAUGGGUUUCUGGACUGUAUACCUGUUGGGUGGGGCCCUUUCUGCAGUUCUGAGUUAGUUCAGAAAACAAAGGAGAGUUUGAAAGGAGAGUCUUUACAAUUGGUGACCUAGGGGAAGAAGUUGCAGUCUGGUAAAGGUGGCAAGCUGGGGAGAGGGUCAGAGCACGAUGGUUGAUGUUAUUUUGAAUCCUAAACUGCAGCUAUGGAAGAAUUUGUUCUUUGAAAAAUGAAAAAUAAAAAACCCUUAAAAAAAAAGAGGAAGAGGGGGGAAAAACCAGGUGUACAAAGGAAAUUGAAUAAUAUUGUAUAAAAAAGAUAAUAUAAGAGCAUUUACUUAGAAGACUUUGAAAUUGAGGUAAAAUAAUGUAAGCAGAAUUAGUAAAUACUUAAAGAACCAGAAAGGGAAGUUGAGGGGAGUCUUUGGGUGGGGGGAGAACUGGAUUUUAUUUCAUCCUUUUCUCUUAUGUUUAAGAUAAUUAUGCUGAUUUUAACAUUGUAUAACUGUAAAACCCAAUUUAAAAAAUUUAAAGAGGAAGAGGAAGAGGAGGAAAACUACCGCUCAACUUUAUGAUCAGUGAAAAUAUUUGCUACUGCAAAGUUAGCAUUUCUGUUUUUAAAAUAUAUACAUGGGGCUUUUUUGCAAAGAGAAGCAUUUUCUGCGUGCACACAAUAGAGAAUCAACCAGGCUGGCAAGCAAAGGGCAGUAUCGAUCUCUCUCUCUCAAGGUUGCUUGCUUGCUUCUCCCGCCUUAAGGAAGAAAAUCUUGCCCUUCCUGCAAAUCCCUGCUGGUUUCUCCUCCUUCAUGGCCAUGAAAGGAAUCAGCCCCGUCUGAUCAGUCAGGAUCUGCUAGGAAGCAAGCUGUGUGCUGCCUCUCUGAUCAGAGCCUCACCAUCACCCAGGGAACGAACAACAGAACGAAGCCCCUCGGCCAGUGACUCCUGCUGCAUAGGCCUUCAAUAAAAUGUGAUGAGUCUUCCCAAAACAAGAAAACAAGAGCCCGGCUCAGGAGAAGCCCAAGAACCUCCUUCCCAGGGGAAAGGAUCAGAUGUUUUAACCCCGUGCAUCUAGUAAUGGAGAGGACUCCACCAUUCUUUUCCAGAUAAACUGUAGAACAUGGGUCUCAGAUUUGGAAGGAGGUAGACUCCACCGUGGGAGCAGGGCCGGGGCGGGAGAGUGCUAGUGUCCUGUCUAGUCAUGUUAUAUGGGAUCAAUUCCAAUCUGUUAUCUCUUAGGUGAAACCAAUCACCUGUCUUCUUGAUCCUUGUCCAUCCUGGCUGAUAAAAGCAAGCCGGGAACAAUGAUGCCCUGUGCCAGGCCAAACAAGAAGCGAAUGAGUACCGCAGGCAACUUCAGAGUCUCACCUGUGAAGUGGAUGCACUUAAAGGAACUAAUGAAUCCCUUGAACGUCACAUGCGUGAGAUGGAGGAGAACUUUAAUCUUGAAGCAGCUAACUACCAAGACAACAUUACCCGACUCCAGGAAGUGAUCCAAAACAUGAAGGAAGAAAUGGCUCGCCAUCGGCACGAAUACCAAGACCUGCUGAAUGUAAAGAUGGCUCUUGAUAUUGAGAUUGCCACUUACAGGAAACUGCUGGAAGGAGAAGAGAGCAGAAUCACAAUGCCCAUUCCGACUUUUGCAUCCCUGAACCUGACUUGUCCUGUUCUCAGAUUGGAGACAGCUCCCACCUCCUUCUUCCCAACCUGUGGAAGGACCAGACUCAAAUUCCUCACCUCUUGA